AUAGUUUUUUCUCCUAGCCGCCCCCUUCUCCAAAUUCUUUUCUCUUCCUCCAGAGCCGUCACCCUCCCUAAAUUUUUUUUCUCUCUUCAAGAGACGCUACUGUCAAGCAUAGUUUGGAAGCUUUUUUUUUCACUUUGAGCUCUAGUUUAAUUGUAGGUCGUUUCCUCUUCCUUUUCCUCUUACUCUGAAAUCUGGAACUACCUCUGGAUCCCUCCUCAUUUCUUACUCAAAAGAUGGUUUUUGAUGCGAGUCGAAGUCGGUGUUGCACACGGAGAUGGCGAAGAAGAAUCUGUUUGUGAAAAGAGGUUGGAUAUAGGCACAUUGAUUGUGCUUAAGUUUAUGACAAUGAGAAGGAGUGAGUGAAGUGUGAAGAUUGGGGGAAGGACAGAGAGAAAGGGAAAUGGAAAAAGACGGAGAGGUUGUGUGCGUGACCGGAGGUAGCGGGUGCAUUGGAUCCUGGCUCGUCCGUGAACUCCUCCAUCGUGGCUACAAUGUCCAUGCCACCAUCCAAGAUCUCAAGGAUGAGAAUGAAACGAAGCAUUUAGAAGGUCUAGAAGGAGCCGAAACUCGUCUCCGUCUCUUCCAGAUUGAUCUCCUUGACUACCCCUCCAUUCUCCGCGCUGUUAAUGGCUGUGCUGGUGUCUUCCACCUCGCCUCUCCCUGCAUCGUCGAUCAAGUCCAAGAUCCCCACAUUAAAACGACAGCGCAGUUAGAUGCAGCUCUUUCAUUUUUUGGAGCUACUGCUUCGGAGGAUUUUAAGUUGAAUGAAUUUGAAGAAGCCUGUGGUGUUGGUGUUGAGGUUUCAGUCGAAGAAAUUGAACAAGCUGUAAAUGAGGUUUUUGAAGAGAAUAAGAAUGUGAUUUUGGAGCAACCCUAUUGAACAAAUGUGGGUGAAUUGUUAGGGCAUGUUCGGAGGCGGCACCCAUGGGGUGAUCCAAAAAUUGUGAAGGUUUGUCUGGACAUUAGAACAAUAAAACUGUCCGCAAAUUCUCUCGGGUAGCUUUUUGUUGUACUUUUUUUAAAAAUGUUUUGCGUUUAAUUAUAUCGGUUGACUCAUCAAUCUCUCCUUCUCUCUCUCUAAAUAUAGACACACAUGUAACCCCAAAUUGAACUGCUUUUGGGGUACAUGGCUUUGUACUUGUGCAGAGAAUGUACCAUCGUUUUGGAAAUUUUAUGUGUUUUGUAUCCUGGAAAUUGUUAUAGAACAUUUUUACAUUGUUUGUACGUUAAUCUUGUUAAA